CCUCGCUGACGGCGCUUUCGUUUCACAUAUCACAUUCCGCACCAACCAGGAAGCAGGUUGAGAUAGAAGGCGAGCAGUGUACAUAGGAGCGCUUCAUGGCUCUCAGCCAACGGCCGCUCCAUCACAAGCGCUGCUAAGCGCCCGUUCAGAGAGUCAAGACCGACUUCUCCUACGCGCUCUUGUAAGCUGUAGCUAUGCUUGCUUAGGCUAGACGACGCUCCAGAUGGGAGAAGCGAAGGAGCUUGUGCAACCCCAAUCUCAGCUACAUCUAUCCAUAUCAUAGACCGCAGCGUUCCUUCCUCCAUUGACAAUCUCUGCUGGACAUCAUGGCUUCUCGCCUCCGCAUACCAACACUUGCCGUCGCAGCUCUAUCGCUCGCGCUGAACAUAGCCAUAAUCGCUUGCGCAGGACGAUCUCUCAACAUCUAUCUCACACAACGAUACGACAAUGUCUACUUCCUCCCGGUAUGGGCAUCACAUUUCGACAUGCGAGGUCUGCCCGCUCUGCUAGGCACAUCGGCAGUCAUUGUGCUUCUCAAUGCCCUUCUUGUGGCGGCAAUCUUCAUCGCAGCACUUCCGGCCAAUCUUCUCGUCUUUGCCACCUCACUCCUCAGCACCAUCUUGGCGAUCAUUGCCAUAGCCUUUUCAGCUUCUUUGAACAAUGGCUCGGAAAGCGAUACUUUGCAGACCUGGACAUGUAUGUGGCGAGAUGUAGCCAACGAGAAUGUCCCGAGACAGUUUGACACUUUAUGUCAUGAAACGCGUUUUGCUUUCUACACCACCAUCCCAAGCUUGAUCCUGCAGCUCAUGCUUUUGGCAUUGGCUCUAUACACCAUCGCCUUUGGAAGCAGUACAAAGCGAGGAGUCAGGCUGGACGAAGAGAAGGAUCAUCAUGAGCUGACCUCCAAUAUUCGUCGGCACUCUCUGGAUACAAAGAGUGAGAGUCCACGCAGUCAGCCGGAUAGCUUGCGAAUCAUCGCAGGCAAGCAGUAGGAAUUUUGAGACCGUAGUAGAAGUGACAUUGCCAGACGAAGUGGCAAUAUUGAGGUGCACGGGCGAACGAGAUUUUACAGUAUCGAUAGCUCCAUAUCUCUAGCGGGUAGCUUUGGGUAUCUUUAUGUUGUCACUAUGGUCAACAGAGCUGCAAAAGUGGCGCGACCGCUUUACAAUCUGCUUUUCUUCAUCGUUCAUCCCGCGGCAGAGUAGCAAUACUCCUCCUGAAAGCAGCCAGAAAGCUCUUCCGUUUGCCAAUUCUCAUCGACUUCGUGCUCUUCCUGUCUUCAUUCAUGCUGGGCGUAGGGGGUGGAUCUGGAAUCUUUGGAGUGGCUGUAAUUGUCGAGCGCCUCUUCGCAGUGUUCGCCGCAGGAUCUUUCUUGCCCUGCUUGUCCUUUGCGUCUGGCCCAUCCGUCUCCUUCUUUUCGGCGUUCCUAUCUCCGGCAUUCGGCACUUCCACAGCGCUGUCAACUGUACCAUCUCGUAGACUAACGCGAUCUUCUGGAGAUGCUGUCUGUCGCUGCCGUGGUGUUGUUGGACGCGCUGAAGCAGCCGGAUCGACCUUGAGGAAGGAAGGCGGUCGGUUGCGUUUCAAAGGCGGAACUGAAGUAUUUCGAAGGGCGGGCGGUGGCGGUGCCGAGGCCAAAGCAUUUGCGCUGUCUUUGAUCUGCUGUUGAAUCGAAGAGCCAGAAAGCGUUCGAGGUCUGCUCUUUGGCGUGCCAGGAUUUUUUGGACUCAGAUUUUUGCUUGACACCCCAUUCAUACGAAGCCC